CGCACCGGGGUUGUAGACAGCACAGCGCAAUAAUGGCUCAAGAACCAGUUGUUUAUAUGAAACACAAGGAGGGCGAAUAUUUGGCGGCCAGCAAAGAUUCUAUCCGGAACAGCCCGCACAAUCAGGUGGAAAUAUUGAUUAAAAUAGUGAAAGUGAUAGUGCUCUUUGUGCCAAUUCUGCUGGCGGAAUUGUACCGAUUGCUGGUGGGACCUCCCCGGAAGUCCAUACGAGGUCAGCUGGCCCUGGUCACUGGAGGAGGAAAUGGGUUGGGUCGAUCUCUGUGUCUUCGACUGGCUAAGGAAGGCUGCAACGUGGCCGUGGCCGAUAUCGAUUGGAUUGCGGCACAGCGAACGGCCAAGGAUGUUCGCGAUCUCGGUGUGAAAGCGGAAGCGUUUAAGGUCGACGUGGGAGUCCAGGAAUCAGUGCAACAGCUUAAGGUGGAUGUGGAGAGCAAGCUGGGGCCGGUGGACAUUCUGAUCAAUAAUGCUGGACUCCUUGCCAUGUUAUCUUUGUCUGAGGGAACGACUGAAGAUGUGCAGCGCAUUUUGAACGUGAAUCUUGCAUCCCAUUUUUGGGCUAUCCGUGCUUUUAAAGACGGCAUGAUGGAACGUCGACGCGGCCAUAUCGUAUCGGUUUCGUCUACCUUCGGUAUUGCUGCUUUUGGCCGGACGGUUUGCUACAGUGCCACCAAAUUUGGGGUACGCGGCCUCAUGGAAGCUCUGAAUGAAGAGUUUUACAUGAACGGCUACGAGAAAGACAUCUUCGUAACCUGCAUCUAUCCCGGGUUCGUCGCCACCCGGAAAGAGUUCAUCGAUUAUCUUCAUCAGUUUGGGUGCCGGGUACCGAUUCAAACGCCAGACCAGGUUGCCGAUUUGGCCGUAGAGGGGAUGUUGAAGAACCGGUGUGAAGUAAUCGCCUCACCUUGGUACAUCCAGCUCAUGCUCAAGCUCUACUCCAUUAUGCCCAACGGCAUCAUUCGGCUGACGAUGGGCAUAUUCUACGACACGGUGCCGCAGCUAACGGCUUGAAGCCUACCGGCAGGUUGAACCAGAAUGAACUAUUUUGAUUCGCUGAAUGAAUCCAGCGAACGCUCCACAAGAUUUCCCGAAACGAUUGCCAAUCCAGUUUCACUUUAAGUGUCGUUAAAGUAUAGUUGUGAUUUAUGGUGAAAGAUAGAUCAAUCUUUUGAUUUUAAUUUGUAAGAAGGAAGAAAGAUCUCAGAAUCAAUGGAGCGUUAAAGUGUUCCGCAGAGCUAGGAGUCUGACUGUUUUGUUAAUGUUUUCUAGAGAGUUUAUAACUAUUUAAGUUUCAAUGUAUGGAUCGGAUAUGUUAGCUACAAUAAAUGAAUUGUAUGUUAAAAAUUGAUUUUUGAUUAUUUUCCCUCAUUGAGAUGUUGAAAUUCAAAAGUUAAUUACAAAUAACCCAACAAGAGUAGUCAUCAAAGUUGUUUUCCAUUGCUUUUAUUAAACUCUACUUCCAUCGAAAUCGAUUCUUAUGAGAGAUAAAAAUUUGUUUGAGUUUGAUGCUAUUAGCAAACUGAUUCAAUUUCACGUUGCCUGUAGUUUGAAAGUAAAACUUAAAGUAUGCUUCUGAUUCCUUACGAAUAAACAUAAAGUUUUCAAGACAAUCCGUACGUUCAUUGGUAGACGUGAACACGAGCACGAUGUUUACAUCCAUCUAUCAUUUUUGUUUUCCAUACUGAAAUUUUAGCUCUCGGUUAAAAUGACGUUUUACGCUCGGUAUCAACAAUUCAUCAAAAAUACGCUGUAAAAAUUCCAAAGCAUUCAAUUUCACGAGUUAAUUAUUUUUUCGUCCAACAUUUUGCCUGACCAACGUAUCAAAUUUGCUGUUUUAUUUUCAGCCAUAUAAACAUUCUUAGUGUUUGAAAUAUAACGAAGAAAUUUUGAAUUCCUUAAAACUAAGCCUUUAUAAGCUGUAAAAACAAAUCCGUGAUAAUAAAGAUAAUCCAAAAGUUUUAACAUUAUCGUAUUUUAAUUCAGCUCAAAUUCAUUUUAAAAACCUUGAUAGGUGCAUUCGUGCAUUUACAGAUCUCAUUGGUUUGAAAUUCAGCUAUUCAGACCACUUUUACAAUCGAUUUCAUAUGAACUGUCAAGAGUAACAAUUUGAAAGGGCGCAGAUAGCAUGCCUUUCCUUUAUACGAGCACAGCUGGGCAAAUAAGCACCAAUUUUUGAUGGCAAACCCACAUAACUGACGAAACGAAGUUUUUAUAUUUAUUUAAAACAUUUCUGAUUUAUUCUUCACGUUUAACCCAAACAAUAAAUGGUAUAAGGAACAUAUUUUGGAUGAUACACAUUUUAAUCCUUACCUGAUGGCCUUAUUGUAAAAGUUAAAUUGAAAAAAUAAAUCAUAAGGUUCUCUACAUUUCUUAAGUAUCAUUUGGCAAUUUUUGUAACUUUAAAAAAAAUAUUUUUCUGAGAUUUGCUAGUUUCAAAAGAGUUUUUUUUAUUUGGGGGAGGAAAUAAAAAAGAGAUUUUUGUAUGAUGGAACAGAUAAAAAAUUCUGGCUCGCAAACGGUUUGGCAAAAAUCCUCAUAAAAGAUUCAUAAUCGAUAUUAUUACAUUGAAAAAAAUGUGAAAGUUUAAGAUAAAUCUAAGACCUAAUAUGCAUACUGUUCGUGGCAAAGAUCUUAAGAAAUGAAAUUGACUGCUGUUGGCUGCUUUCCCGUUGUAACAUUUAUGCUCCAGAACGAACCCUUCGGAAUCGAGACUGGCUCUUAUUGGAACCACGAAGUACGCUCUAUGGCAGUAACGACCCCCUUCGUGCCGCAAAACUAUGCUUUCUCCGUAAUUAUACCCUAUUCGAUUUUAAUGUGUCCAUUGCAACUUUCAAACAACGGAUUGAGCAUAACAUGAGUGAAGGAUUAAGAAACUGGCAAACGAUUUAUGUAAACCUAGAUUUAAGUUUUAUUC